AUGUCGUCCGAACCGGUCUCAUGGUUGUCGCAGCUUGGGGCAGAGAGUGGCUUCGCCUCUAUUUUUGAAUCCUGUCGCGACACGAAACUACUUUGUUUACAGCGUUUCGUCCGACUAUUUGCCUACGGCGCCUCUUUUCUCAUUCUCGUUCACUUUCUCUCCAGUCUCAACUUCUCUGACGAGCGAAUCGGCCUGUUCAUGACCCUCACGCUUCUCGGGGAUGUCGUCAUCAGCUUCUUGCUGACAGCAAUCACCGACCAAGUCGGUAGGAGAAAUGUUCUUGGAGCUGGUGCGUGUUUGAUGAUGAUCAGCGGUCUGGUCUUUUUAUGGGCUGACAACUACUGGAUCUUGGUUGCCGCUGGUAUUUUUGGUGUCAUAAGUCCAAGCGGCAACGAGAUUGGCCCUUUCCGGGCAGUUGAAGAGUCGAUCCUUGCGCAACUCACGGUACGCGAUAAGCGAAGUGACAUCUUCGCUUGGUAUACUCUAUUUGGCUCGGCAGGCGCUGCCUUUGGUACACUUACAUGCGGUUGGACUGUACAAUUCCUGGAGCACAACGAAGCCUGGAGUCCUCGCGAAGCAUACAGAGUCGUGUUCAUCGUCUACGCCGGUCUUGGUGCGCUGAAGUUGAUGCUCAUUCUCGGCCUCACCUCUAGUGUCGAGGUAGCACCGGUCAAGUCUAAUAGUGCACUUGUACGAGCCAGUGAGGAACACCAAUCGUUGCUCACUGAUUCGGGCAGAAGAGAAAAUCAUCCUCGGCAGUCGACAGAAGAGAAUCGUCCUUUCCCAAGCAUAUCAGAGCGUAUGCGGGCUUUGGUACCCUAUAUAUCUCCGUUGUCUCGGUCUAUUUUAUUCCGAUUACUUCUUCCGUUCUGCAUCGACUCCUUUGCCUCGGGAAUGGCAUCGCCCUCUUGGUUAACCUAUUUCUUCACCACGGUUCAUUCACUUCACCCAGGAUCACUGGGCACACUAUUCCUGGUAACGAAUCUCCUCGCCACGAUCUCUAACAUCGCCGCUCUUCCCCUGGCCCGUCGUCUCGGUCCGCUCAAAACCAUGGUGUUUACGCAUUUUCCCUCGGCUAUCUUCCUUGUGAUGAUACCGUUGCCCUCGACUAGCCCUCUAGGAACUUGGGUUGCUAUGGCAUUUUUGGCUCUCCGGGCUUGUACACAGAGUAUGGACCAGGCACCAAGACAAGCAUUCCUCGCAGCUGCGGUCCUUCCGAGCGAGAGAACGGCAGUUUUAGGCGUAGUAAAUACUGUUAAGACAUUGGCGCAGGCAGGCGGCAUUGGGUCUGCAGGCUUUCUCUCGGGAAGACAUCUUUGGAUUGUCGCCCUUUCGGGAGCUGGAGUUAUGAAGGCUGUCUACGACUUUUUGAUGCUGGUAAUGUUCUUGGGUCUUAGAGAUAGAGAGGCAAGCACCACAAAGUCGCAUUCAGGGGACGAGGAAGAUUUGUAA